GAGAGAGAGAGAGAGUUACAUGGAGCAACCGCAACAGACUGAGUUAGUUACAACCGGAACCAAUUCAACUAAAACAGAUUCCUAUUAUUGCAUUCAGUCCGUUUUACAAAGUUGAAUAUUGUCUUAACAACAAAAACAAAACGCCAAUGCAUAACCAGAAGAAGAAAAAGAACAGAAGCAAACAGAAGCCCUACAACAACGUCAUCAUCACCGUCUAUGUUGAAUCGACCACAAUCCAACGGCAGAAACCCAACCGUCGCCGUGGGACCAAGAACAGCCUCCAAUGGAAACCUCCGACAUCGACGCCAGGUUAUGAUCGCAAGGCACAGCUUCUAGCUUAUUCUCAACACCUACGCUCGGUGGCAAAUUCGCAACAAAACCAAAGGCCCAGAGAUAAACGGAACCUCAAAGGCAAGAGUCAGAAAUCUUGCUCGAAUCUCAGAGUGCGGAUUCGCAGACUCUUCCGUCCUCUGAGAAGACCUUGGAGAUAUGAACAAAUCACAUCAGAAGAGAAGAUGGAAGAAGGCAGACUCCCGCGAGGGGAGAGAAGUUCCAACAAGGCGGAAUCAGAAAGAUGUUCCUAUUCAUGUCAUGGGCGAUUGAAGCGUGUACUGGAAGAGCUAUCUUGCUGUUGGAAGUGCAGCAGUGAAUGAAAGGGAAUUGCCAAGGACUUUGAAUUAUGGACACAACAAAACAGCUCCAGAACAGAGCCAAAGCCUGGUUGUAGG